AUGCCGGCAUCCGCAGCUACGGUGAUGAUGACGGACGUGAGUGUUGAAAUGCCGCAGCCCGGUACAUCGUCCAGCGAUGGAGCAGCCAGUGUCACUCGUUAUCAUCAAAUGACCGAGCCCAUUAACAACAACAAUAUCACUAAUAACAAUAGUAAUGGAGAAGCAAGUCAAGUGGCCGAAAGUAGCGGAGAUAUGUCAUCACGAAGUGCGCAGCACGAUGAAAUAGACGAUGAUGAAAUGGUACGGGUGAAAUUUCAUGAAACCUCAGUCUCAUAUCUUUCUUGCAAGCUGAACAGCAAGCAACAAAUGCAUCCAAAAAUUGAAAAAGACGAAACGAAAAAAAAAUUGACUUAG